AUGAGGAUAGCAUUCCUUUUCUGCUUGUGGAUCAUUUAUGUCCAAGGACAAGAUCAACAGAAUCAACAGCCAAAUGACAAAGAGCAUUUAUUAAGCUUCGAUGCUUGCAAAGAUGAUAUUAAUAGAUUAUGUAAAAAAGAAGGAGUUGAUCUCAACUCUGAUAUGUCAAUUUUGGAAUGCUUGCAAGAUGCUGGGUACUCUGAGUCUGAAACUCUAACCAAAGACUGCGAAAACCUUGUCUGGGAUUUCAAGGUGAGACUCACGCAAGACGAACGAUUUAUAGCUGCAGCCAAGAGUUAUUGUGAUGCUGAGUUGAAAGAAAAUACUGCUAUGAACAAUUGUGUUCAAUUGACUCAAUCUGGACAUGCCUUGAGUUGUUUGAUAGAUUUCGUCCAAAAUGUUACUAAGACUUCUAACUGUUAUGCUUUCCUUUCUCGUACUGAGAAAUUGGCUUUCUCUGACUUCCGUCUUAUUGGUCCAUUUAUUGAUAAAUGUCGAACGACCAUCAGCAAGUUUGGGUGUGCCGUUCUUACUCCAAAUGCUGCCCAUAAAGGCGUACGUGUUAGUCACACGCAAGGAAUGGCUUUGGAAUGUAUCAUCCAGCAAGUUGUGAAGCAAUCGAAACAAGCUGAUGCAUUAAAUGAAAUAGAUUCGGAGUGUCGGCAUGAGGUUAUGAGAUUGGCUGAACUACAAAGUGAAGAUUGGCAUUUGGACCGUCCCCUUUUCUUCGCAUGUCGAGCAGACCGCGAGAAAUAUUGUAAAGAAGUUCCUGCUGGUCAAGGAAAAGUAUACGAAUGUCUCUUAUUGAAACGUAACGAUCAGUUCAUGGAUCCCGCUUGUUCAAAUGUUCUUGCGGAGAGAGCUUACAUGUAUGGAAGGGAUUAUCGUAUGGCUCAUCCACUCACCAAAGCUUGUGAAGCUGAAAUGAAAAAUUUCAAGUGCGAGCCUCAGAGCCACUUGGAGGCUGCGGCUCAUUUCCAUCUUUCAUGGAUUCUUCUUUGUCUUGAGAAUGCCUCUCAUAGUAAUAAGGACAAACCAUCCAAAGAAUGCCAGCAUGAGAUGAUAAACCAUAGACAAUUGAUGCUCCAUGAGUUCCGUAUGGCUCCUGAAUUAGUCAUGCAGUGUGCUGCUGAAAUCGACAAAUGGUGCAGUCCCCGAGGAGAUAUUGAAGCUGAAGGUAGAACACUUCACUGUUUGAUGGAGCAUGCGCAAUCAAGAAAAGAGGAAGAAAAGCUUGGAGUGCAAUGUAUGCAAGCAGUUUCUCAAGUUGUUAAGGUUGCUGAUAUUGGGUCCAACUAUAAAGUCGACAGAGUUCUUUAUGCUUCUUGCCGGUCUUUAGUAGAUACUGUCUGUUCUCUUGAUGCUGUUUCUGAGACCGCCACUUUACAAUGUUUAAUGAAGCAUGUUGAUAACCCAGACAUGACUGCUGAUUGUGAGAAACGUCUUUUAGAGGUUCAAUACUUCAUGGCUCGUGAUUGGACUCUGGAUCCUCAGUUAUACUCCGCUUGUCACGACGAGGCUAUCAACAAGUGUCAUGCUUUGGACAAUUGGCAUGUUGCGAACAACGCUGGGAAUAUUCCUGAUCCAGGGCCACAAGUUCUUGCUUGUCUUUACAGAAGUGCUUAUGACGAAGAGCGUCCGCUCUCCUAUAAGUGUGGCAUAGAAGUACGUAGAGUAUUGCAUUCUCGCGCAGUUCGCGUUAACUUACUACCUGAAGUCGAAGAUAAUUGUCGCGACGCUCUAUCAGAGUAUUGUAGCCAUCAAGUUCAACCAAUGGAGGAAAUGCAAUGCCUCCAGGAUAAUUUUGAGAAACCUGAAUUCAUGAGUAAACAUAAGAGAUGUCAUGAGGAGCUUGUUAAAUUCACUAAAAUGGAAUCACAGGACACAAAGCUAAACAUCGCUUUAACGAGAGCUUGUAAACCAGUUAUUUCCACUUACUGUCAAGAGUUCCAAAAUGAAGAUAUAGAUCAAGGAGAUGUAAUGGAGUGUCUUCUAACCAACAAGGACACACCCGAAAUGACGAGCAAAUGUAAAUCGUACGUGAAUCAUUUCGAACUUGUUUCUCUACGUGAUUAUCACUUUUCUUACAAGUUCCAAAAAGCUUGCACACCUGACAUUGAAAACUUCUGUAAAGGGCAUGGAAAUGACAAGGCUGAAAUUAUUCGCUGUCUUUCUGAAGUUCGAUUCAAACAUAAAGUUCUUGGACAGACCGCUGAUCUCUCUGACCCUUGCAAGAAGCAGCUGAAAGUGGCUUAUCUUCAACAAGAACAGGUAGAAUUCGAUGAUAAAGAGCAUAUGGCUGAUGCGGAUCCUCUUUUGGCUCAAAAAUGCGCUGUUGAGCUCAAAAAAUUCAGAUGUAAUGAAGCGGAUUCUUUCGAAGACACUGUUGAAUGUCUUCGUCAGAAUUUCAAUGGUUUAGGCCACGACUGUCGAUCUAUGGUCUUUUAUCGUGAAAAGAUUGAAGCUGUUGACAACACAAUGGAUGACGAAUUACAGACCAAGUGUAAAUAUGAUAUUGGUAAGUUCUGUGGUGGACAGAAUAAGGAAAAUGUUCUCGAGUGCUUGACCAAUACGAAGAUAGUCCGCUUGUUACAACGAGAAUGUAAAACAGUUGUGCAGGAGAGAAUGCAAGAAGCUGCUGGAGAUGUUAGAUUAAGACCAGGACUUCUCAAUGCCUGUCGAGAUGAGAUCAAGACCUACUGCCCCGAAGAUCUAGAUAAGAUAAAUAAACCUCAGUACGCGCAAACCAUGCUUAAAGGAGUAGUAGUUGGUUGCUUGAGAGAGCAGUAUAGAAGAUCAGCUCAUGAGCAAAUUCAUCUAGGUGCUCCAUGCAAAGAAGAGAUAACCAAAGCUAUUCUCGAAGCUGAACUUGAUCCUAAGCUUGAUCCUUCUUUGUAUGAUGCCUGUAAACCCACUAUUGAGAAGCAUUGCUCCGCUUCAGUUAUUCAAACGGGUGGAAACUUUGAUAAUGUAAUUGAAUGUUUGAAAGCUGAUUUCUACAAGGGAGUCAUUGGAGAUCCAAAUUGUAAUAAAGAGCUCGCUCGAAGAACCGAAGAAACAUUAGUUGAUAUCAAUCUUGAUCCUGCCCUACAUGAAGCUUGUGGUGUUGAUAUCCAAAGACUCUGUAGAGAUGUUCCUCCUGGAAAUAGCCGAGUCAUCAUGUGUCUCAUGGAUGCUGCAGAAAGCUCCAACGCUCAAUUAACUCCUGGUUGUAGAAACAAGCUCGUCGAUAGAAACAGGUUAUGGAUGAAGGCACAUAAGGAGUUUGAGAUGGUUUUACCUGAUAGUUGGCAUGACGUUGUAGAAUUAAUCCAAACUCAUCCCAAUAAGAUUUCUCUACUUGGAUGGCUCGGAGGUGUCAUAUUCUUCUUAUUUAUUUUCGGAUGUUGUUGUGGAAGGUUAACAAAGAGGACUCAUUACGAACUUAAAAAUCGUUAA